GAACCCAGGCGUCCGGGCUCCCAGCCCCCCCCCCCUCCCUCCCUCAACCACUAUCCCCACUCCCCUCCCGGAGCCAGGAGAGAACCCAGGUGUCCGGGCCCCUCGGCAUGUACCAUCCGUCGGAGAUGUUCCCGCAGUUCGGGGGGUCCUACCCACUGCGCCCCGCUCCCCAUGGGGGGCUCCCGGCAGGCUUCCCCCAGGGGCAGGGGCCCCAGUACGAAGGUUUCCGCUACCCAGGCGGAUGUUCCCCCAGCUGAAGGUCUCAGUGACGGGGCUGGACCCCGAGGCGAAGUAUCUGCUGCUGGUGGACAUGGUGCCGGCAGGGGCCUCACGCUACAAGUGGCAGGGUCAGCGCUGGGAGGCCAGUGGCAAGGCCGAGCUCCGGCCCCCCGACCGGGUCUACAUCCACCCCGACUCCCCAGCCUCGGGCGCCCACUGGAUGCGCCAGCCCGUGUCCUUCCACCGCCUCAAGCUGACCAACAACACGCUGGACCCCCACGGCCACCUGAUCCUGCACUCCAUGCACCGCUACCAGCCCCGCGUGCACGUGGUGGGAGCGGGAGGCCAGGGGGGCGUGGGGGGGGGCUGUGCCUCCUUCACCUUUCCUGAGACGGCCUUCCUCACCGUCACUGCCUACCAGAGCCCCAAGAUCACCCAGAUGAAGAUUGAGAGUAACCCCUUCGCCAAAGGCUUCCGGGAGAACGGCAUGAACAGCAAGAGGGAGCGAGAUGCCCGGAUCAAGAGGAAGAUGAGGGGCGAUGUGGCCGAACCUACCAGGAAUGAGGCUGAUUGCAAGCGAGGUCCCUGUGACUCCACCCAGGGCCCUCCCCCAGAGCCACCAGCCCCCCCUGACUGCUCCUUCCACCCCAUCUCUUCCUCCUACCCUCCCGGCGGGAGCGAGGAGCUGGGGUGCCCCCUGGGGGGGGGUGAACCCCAGUGCCGAGGCGUAUGUCCAGCAUCCAGCCGCCUUCCACGGCCUGCAGCCUCCCCAGGGGUCUGCCGGCUACGCCAGCUCACCCUGUGCCGCUCCUGAAGCAGCUGCUGCCCCGAAGCCCAUGGGGGACCCCAGCUGCCCCCCUGCCAAGCCACCCCCUGACCAAUCAAAUUGCAGAACCACCAGCGGCCCCCCCCUUACCUAUCCCCCCUACGGGCUGGACGUCAGCUGCUUGCUGGGGGCAGGGCUGGACGGCCCCCCCGCACCUGACCUCCGCUUCCCCCCGUUCCUGCCCUACCCGCCCCCCCGCCUCUAUGCCCCACCCGGGCCCCCUGCCGGGUACCUCGAGGGGGGCAGCAAGGGCCUCUUCUGAGGGCUGGGCUCCCCCCCAGCUGUCACCCCACUAGCCAUGGGGUUGCCCCCUCACCCAGGGGAGCAACCCCCCACUGCAACUGACUUAUUUAUUCCAAGGGGGGGCCCAGACCCUUCUCUGCAGCUACUGGAUAGGGGCAGAAAGAUGGGGUGAAAUGUACAUCCCCCAACCUGAGCUGCAGCCCUCGCCCUCUUCAUUAUCUGCCUCCCCCAACCCCUAUUCUUCCCCCCCGUUAUCUGCCCGCCGCACAGCAACCCUGCUAUCGCUGCCUCCCUGUUAUCUGCUCCCCCCCAUGGUCCCCUACAGCCUCUGUCCCCUCCCCCCAGGAGCUGAUUUUUUUGUGGGGGGGGAAAUGAGGAAACAUGGGGGCAUUUCCUACCCUUUUAAAAACCAAUACAAACCAAGUCACCCAAUCAAUAAAGCUGGGAAGGCAGCAAAGCGGCAUCCGUGUGUCUGGUCUGGGGAAACCGUCCAAGGAAGCCAGAUGACCCUGGCUGGGGAUUCAUGCUGCAAGGGGCCCAGGCUCACAGGCCUGGAGCCAGGACAUGAGGCGUGGCUCUGAGACAGGCCAGCACUAGAUACUCGCUGACAUUGGGACCUCGGAAGCUGGAGAAUGGCUGAGCCCGUGGUUCUGUGCUCCUGGCUGAUAGCUCGGAAGAAAAGGAGCUCGAAAGCUGACGGCUCAGCGUCCUAGCAGACACAGCACAAGCCUGGGUAUUCGUGGGGGCCGGCUACAGGCCGUCACAUCACAGCGAGGGACGGGCGGAGCAGCUCCUCCCUAUAACAUGUAGGAGAAAAGCCAGGUGCUCAUGGGGGACUUCAGUCUGCAGGACCCCCACUGGCGGGGUCAUGCUGCCAGGACUGAAACAGCCUGGGAAUUCAUAGCUGACCAUUUCCUAACUCAAAAAGUGAUGCAGCCAACCUGGGGGAAUCCACUGUCAGACCUUGUCCUAACCCAUAAAGAGAAACGGACGCAGAACUAGAAGGGAACAGUAGCUUAGGUACAAGUGAUCAGGUCUUGAGCAAAUUUAUGAUGUGUGAGCAGAACAAAGUCCAGAACAGCAAUAGAUAUUCUUGGCAUGUUAAUAGGGCCAAUUUCACAAAGCUGACGACAAUUAGGAACCCCAUGAGCAGGGAGGAAGAAUUUAAUCAGAAAAAGGUGAAUGAUAAGUGGGAAUUAUUUAAAAACACCUCACUAGACACCCAAAAAGUCGAGGAAAAAGACUGUGCUGAUUAAAAAAAACAACCUGGCUUAUUAGAGGGGAAGUAAAAGCAGCUAUAAAAAUAAUAUAUAACAAAUGGAAGAAGGGGGAAGUUGAUAGUAAUGAAUGUAAAUCAGAAGUAAGGAAUUGCAGAAAAUUGAUAAGGGAAGCCAAGGGGCGCAAGAAGAAAUCAAUGGCCGGCAGAGUUAAGGACAAUAAGGAGCUUUUAAACAUGUUAGGAACAAAAAGGAUCCUGACCAUUGUAUUGGUCCAUGACUAGCUGGAAAUGGUGGAGUUAUGAAUAAUAAUGUUGAAAAGGC